GACUCGCGGAAACCCUCCCGGUGUUCUGAAUGCGACAUCACCUUUGCGCAACAGAAGAACUUCAAACGACACAUGAGCACAAUCCACGCCACGGUGAAAAACGUCCAUGACACUCCCGAGCCUUAAUUCGGGUUCUCCACAGGUUACAGCAUCACUCCCAAGCUCGAGUAUUUUCAACGGAGGGCUAUCAUCUUCGGUUCCUGAGAGCUCCCUUUUCAAACGCCACCCAACCCUUUUCUUCUGCGAAUUCAAAGACUGCACUCGACACAAGAAAGCAUUUAAAACCAUCUCCGACCUCCGACGACAUAAACGAGAGGUCCACAACCUGCCAACCGGAAGCGAUAUCGACAAGGGUUACCUAUGUCCGUCGAAGAACUGCCCUACCCCGGACAAAACCUGGACUCGACUAGACAAUCUUCGAAACCAUAUAACCAAGAUGCACGGCGACGAGAAUACGGAUGAGUUGAUAAGGAAAUCUGCAAUACCCAAGUACGAUCUGUUUGGGGAGAACAAAUCCCAGUCCACGUCCCCGUUCAUUUUUUCGAGAUACCAGAUUGAUAUGAAUAGGAGUGGGACAUGACAAUACGUUUUCUUUUCUUUUCUUUUCUUUUCUUUUCUUUUCUUUUCUUUUCUUUUCUUUUCUUUUCUUUCUUUUUUUUUUUUUUUUUUGGGCUUCGUUGGGGGAUUAGAACAGGGAGGCUAGGUUUCUGAGAAA